AUGGAGGGACGAGCGCUCCCGCCCGGCCCCGCCCGCGGGGGCCGAGGGACGCGGGGCCGGGGUCGGGGCGGGGGCCGGGGUCGGGGCGGGGGCCGGGGCCGAGCUGCGGGGCGGCUGCCCCGGGCUCCCCAUCCCGGGCCGGCCCCGACCCCGCGCCCCGCCGCGCCCGGCCCCGCCGCCGUGGUGGACGAGCGGCUGCUGCAGGCCCUGGGGGGGCUGAGCCUGGGGCCCCCGCGGGGCGGCGGCGGCGGCAGGCUGGUGCUGCUGCGGGGGCUGCCCGGCGCCGGCAAGAGCACCCUGGCCAGACAGCUGAAACGUGACCACCCCAGUGCUGUCGUCCUUAGUACUGAUGACUUCUUUGUUGAAAAUGGUGUCUACAUCUUUGAGCCUGACUUCCUGGAGGAUGCACACAAGUGGAACCAGAAAAGAGCACGCAAAGCAAUGAAGAAUGGGAAAAGCCCGAUUAUUAUUGAUAAUACCAACAUCCAUGCUUGGGAAAUGAAGCCGUAUGUGAUGAUGGCACAUGAAAAUAGAUAUGAAGUUACAUUCCAAGAACCGGAUACACCCUGGAAGUUCAAUGUUCAAGAACUGACAAGGAGAAAUAUUCAUUGUGUCCCCCGGGAAAAGAUACAACGGAUGAAGGAACAAUACGAGCACAAUGUCACCUUCCACAGUGUUCUCCGGUCUGAAAAACCAAGCAGGGAUGAGGGAAGCUACAGUAGAGCAAGUGCAGCUUAUGGCACCCACCCUUCUGCCUUCUCCAGGAGGAGACCUGGCACGGCACGCACAAAUGUGACAUUUAACUGAAGAAGUGCAUUCCUCGGUGUCUUAGU